AUGAAGUUCCAUGUAGCCUUCACUGGCCUGUUCGUCUCCUCUGCCCUGACGAUACCUACCGAUCUGCCGGCUCCUGCCCUUGGACCUGAGGAAUUACCGUCGCAAGUGCUGAACGAAACUGCGGCAUCCCGCUUGGAGGCGCGAUUCGCCACGGUCAGCGUCAACAUUCCCACCGGAGGCAAGGUCAUCGGUCGGUCGUUGCUGAAUGUCGAAUCCUUCAACGCCAUACCGUUCGCCGACCCCCCCGUCGGCCAACUGCGCCUCCGGCCUCCUCGACGGCUAUCGAAGAAACCUGGUACCGUCGACGGCACGGGCUUGGCGCCAGGAUGCCCGCAGAUGUUCGUCUCCUCUAGCGCCAAGGAUGCGCUCGGCAAGAUCCUCGGGACCCUCUUGGAUAUUCCGCUGCUGAAACCGAUAACCGGCCAGGAGGAUUGUCUCACCGUCAACGUUCAACGCCCUGCCGGCGUCAAGGCCGGGGACAAGCUCCCCGUUCUCUUCUGGAUCUUCGGCGGCGGCUUCGAGCUCGGCAGCACCAACACGUACGAUGCCACGAGCCUGCUGGCCACGGCCGUCGACCAGGACCAGCCGUUCGUCUUCGUCGCCGUCAACUACCGUGUUGCCGGCUUCGGCUUCAUGCCCGGCAAGGAGAUCCUGCAGGACGGCAGUGCCAACCUUGGUCUUCUCGAUCAGCGCAUGGGUCUCGAGUGGGUUGCCGACAACAUCGAGGCCUUUGGCGGAGACCCGGCCAAGGUGACAAUCUGGGGCGAGUCGGCCGGCGCCAUUUCCGUCUUUGACCAAAUGCUGCUUUUCGGAGGGAACGCGACCUAUCGCGGGAAGCCUCUGUUCCGCGGCGCCAUCAUGAACUCGGGCACCGCCGUACCCGCGGACCCCGUCGAUUGCCCCAAAGGGCAGGCCGUCUACGAUGCCGUCGUCGACAAGGCCGGCUGCUCCGGAGCCGCCGACACGCUCGACUGCCUCCGCGGCCUCGACUACGAGACCUUUCUUGAGGCGGCCAACUCUGUUCCCGCCAUCCUGUCGUACAAUUCCGUCGCCCUUUCCUACCUGCCCCGACCGGACGGGAGAGUGCUGACGCAGAGCCCGGACAAAAUCGUGCAGAGCGGCCAGUUUUACGCGGUCCCCUCCAUCGUCGGCGACCAGGAAGACGAAGGGACCAUCUUCUCCAUCUUCCAAGCCGGUGUCAGCACCGUCAACGACAUGGCCGACUAUCUGUCGGAGCUCUUCUUCCACAACGCAACGAGGAGCAAGUUGAAGGAGUUUGUCAGCCUAUACGACCCGGCACUCCUGCAGGGAAGCCCCUUCCGGACGGGCAUCUUCAACGAGCUGUACCCCGGCUUCAAGCGCAUGGCGGCCAUCCUGGGCGAUGUGACCUUCACUCUGACCCGGCGCGUCAUUCUGAAGAGUUUGAGAGUCUCCAAGCCGAACAUGCCCGUCUGGUCCUACAUGUCAUCCUACAACUUUGGCACGCCCGUCGUUGGCACCUUUCACGCCUCGGACAUCCUGCAGGUUUUCUACGGUCUCUGGCCCAACAAUGCAAUGAGAAGCUGCCGUACCUACUACUUCAACUUCCUCUACAACCUGGAUCCCAACAAGGGCGUGACGGGCUACGGAAAAUGGCCCCAAUGGAAGGAGAAGCAGGAACUCAUGUGGUUCAAGACGGCCUCCAAGAACGACAUCCUCAAGGAUGACUUCCGCAGUGGUGCAGGGGCGUGGCUGGAAAAGAAUGUAGGCAUCUUGUACAUUUGA